ACAACUGAAGGACCAUAUCUAGGAAAGCAACACGGAGCAAAACCGAGUGUCAACCUGAGUGCCAACUCACAAAAUGAAGCCGCCCGACUUGUUUUCGUUAGCCUAGGCUCGGCCUUAGAACUGAACUUUUCACCGGCUCACACCAAACUCUUGAAAGUUGCUCAGCCUCUACUUAGGGUCCAGGCAUUCUUGCCAUGCCGGACCCGGAGCAAGGAGCAUGCCGCCGCUGUUCACCAAGCGGCUGCUCGACGCUCUCGACGAUAAAGAUGCUGGGGCCUUAGAGGCGGUGUUGAAUGAGGCCGGCGGCAGCUUUCCCCCCGCUCAGCGUUCCAUCCUGCUCAAUAACCUGCUGCACCGGGGGCGGGGCCUGCUCGCACACGCGGCCGCGGAGGGCGACCCCAAUUCAUGCAGCGUGCUUCUCCGCCACGGCGUGUCACCGGACGCCCAGCGGCCCGACCUGGCGGCAGUAGCAGCGGGGGCGGGCAGUAGCAGCGGCAGCAGUAGCAGCAGCAGUGGCGGUGGCGGUGGGGAGCACCCGCCUGGUGGCGGCGCGCCGCUGCACUACGCCGCCGCCGCCCUGCACGCUGCCUGCAGCUCCUCCGGCGGUGCCGCCGCCGCCGCGCUGGCGGCGCUGUCGUCUGCUGCCCGCGGCGGCGGCGGCGGCGGCUGGCGUGCCGCUGCUUUGGAGGCGGUGGUGGGUGUGCUGCUGGCGGCAGGGGCGGACGGCGCGGCUGAGAGCGGGGCGGGGCACACGCCCAUGGACCUGCUGCUGCUGGGGCCAGAGGGCUGCGCGGCAGAGGCGGCGGCAGCAGCAGCUAGAGACGCAGCCGCUGCCAGGGGUGCCGUGGCGGUGGCGGGGGGUGCCACGGCGGCGGCGGCGGGGAGGCCGGAGGCGCGCGGCGGCGACGCUUCUGCCGGCGCUGUGGGGAGAACGGCCAGUGGCGGCGGUGGGGGCGGGCUGCUCAGCAAACUGAAGAAAAAACUGACGCGAGGCGGAGGUGGCAGUGGUGGUGGCGGCGGCAGUGCUGGUGGCGGUAGUGGAGACGCGGGAGUAGGCCGGGCGGGCAAACACGGCCAGAAGCUGGGGCUGGUGCGGGCAGCGGCAGCGCGGCGGCUGGCGGAGGCGGCAGGCCUGGCCUUCAGCCCAGCGCUGGUGCAGGUGGCGCCGCCCCACGCCGCGUCUGCCACCGGCCCCGCUGCCGCGGACGGAGUCUGGCGCCGCGUGUGGCUGGUGGCCAUGCCGCGACACGUGGCCGCCAACAGCCGCGGUGGCCGCAGCGGCCGCCAACACUCCUGGCAGCCGCAGCCGCGCGAGCAGCAGCGGGGUGCGCAUGGCGCCGCUGCCGCUGCGCAUGCCUACGCCACUGCCGCUGCACCGGCCACCUCGUCGUCGUCUUCGGCGAUGGUGGUGGGAUGCGACCUGCUCGGCUUUGCGCUGCCUGCAGAGGGCGAGGAGGCGGGCAGCGGCAGUAGCAGCACCGACGGUAUAGGCGGGCGCGGUAGAGGCAGUAGCAGCUGCACCGCUGAUGGCCGCUACGCGCGACUGCUGUUUCGGCUGCGACUCGACGCCGGGGUCGUGGCGGCGGAGAGCGGCGGCGGCGUCACGGUGGUGGCGGUGCCCUCAGCCGCUGCGGGCUGCGGCGGCGGCGGCGGCGAGCCGUCCAAGCUGCUGCGCGAGUACCUGCAGCCCCUACAGCCCGCCACUGCGCCCACCGCGGCCUCUGGCACAGGCACAGGCACAGGUGCAGGCGGCAACCGGUGGGCGCUGCGGCUGCGGCCUGCACCGGCGCCCGCCGCCGGCGGCGCGUCAGCGGCAUCGGCCGCGACUGCGACGCUGCGGCGUGUGGUGGAGGUGGCGGUGGCGGCGGCCGCGGCACGCAUCGGCUCCGCGGCUGUGCUCAGCAACCCGCACCUGGACCCAGGGAUACCGCGGCGCGCCGCUGCCAGUGCCGCUGCCGCUGCCGCCAACGCUGCUGCUGCUGCUGCCACUGCCCAGGCAGGCAUUGGCGCAGUGGACGCGCUCGGCGGCGCCAACAAGCAAGGCGGCGUCGGUGGUGGCGGCGGUGGCAGUGGCGGCGGCGGGGCGGGCGGCGAGCCUGUUCGUGUGUACAUAUGCGGUGUCGAUGAUGCCGACGACUCCGGCAGUGAAGAUACAAAUGACGAGGAUGAGGAGCAAUCGGGUGGCGGCGGUAUCGGGGUCUUAAAGUGGCAGGGCGGCAGCGAGGGGCCGGCUGAGCCCAAGACCUCGGACGCAAAGCUGCAGCCGCCGUUGGCUGCAGCGCCUGGGGCUGGGGCAGUGGCGGCCGUCCGUGGCGGCGGCGCCAACAGCAGUGCUGGCGGCGGCGGCGGCGGCCGCUGUGCGGUGUGCCUAGUGGCUCGGCCCACAGUGGGCUUCAAGCACGGCGGCACGGUGCACUGCUGCGCCUGCCGCGACUGCGCCGCACAGCUGCUGACGCGGGCCGCUGCUGCUGCUGCGGCUGCUGCGGCUGGUGGCGUGGCGCGGCCGCCGGCGCGGCAACUGCAGCAGCGGCAGCUGGGGGCGCCACCAGCUGCACCAGGAGCUGCGGGUGAGGGAAUGUGCUGCCCGCUGUGCCGGCAGCGUGUGGAAGAGGUGCUGCAGGUGUACGGCAGCUAGCCGCCGCACGCCCGCACCUGAGGCCGUGACGCCCAUGGCAGCUGAGCAAAGCUAUCUGCAAGGCACCCGACGCAGGAGACUUAGUUGCUGGCUAGCGAGCUGGCGGUAUGCCGGUUGCGUGUAGACGAGUGCCUGCUGUAUCGGGUUGGCUUACUGGCGCCAGUAACGGGUGGUUGGUGGCGGUGGCGCAGUGGUGUGGCUCUGUGCGGCAAACUCUUGGCCCUCCGCGCCUCCAGUGGAGCAGUCUCUGUGUGUGUGUGUCCGUGUAUGUGUGUCCGUGUGUGUACGAUUACCGUACUAGGGUAUGAAGCCGGCACGCGGCUUGGGACGUUCCUACGUUCUCAAGGAGUAUCUUGAAACAGUAUGUCGCUUGCGUGGGUCAGAGACUCCCUGAGGCUAGCUAGUAUGGAGGAGCGGCCCUCGCAGGCGGCCUGCUUGUUGUGUGCACGGGAUGGAUGGGGGCCGGUCGGUGUUGGCGUUCUGGCUUGUUGGGGUGCUGGCCGGCAGUGGCUGGCGCGCGGGCGGUGCUGGUUCACAGGCAGUGGAGCCGAGCCCUGCUCGAAAUGUGCACCGACUUGGGGUGGUGCUCACAGGGGCCAGUGUUGCGGCCAUGCCGCAGUGCUUGUACCAUAGGCCGGGGCUCUCUUGUAUGGACAGUUCGGCAUCAGAAGUAGUCGCUGCAAAUGUUUACGGUAUAUGGUGUGCGUGACCUGCAAGUUGUUCACCCGGAUCGUAUGGUGUGCGGAUCGCGUCCUCUGACUGCACGGCAAUCACGUCGCGCUGGGCCGCACAAGCUCAAUGCAGGUCUUAUCUGCCUGCAGGUGCUGCAAGCUAAUGACCUGAUGUAGAGGCCGCUGGAGUGAUGAUUCCCAAUUAAUACGGUAACCUUGUUUGGUUCUCAAAAAUGCGUAAAAAAAGAUGGAUUUUAUUCCGAGGGGGUG